UAUCAGCUUAUUUUUAUGAUUGACAGAUAUAAUUAAAUUUAGUUAUCUAAAUAUUAAUAACAAACUAACAAUGACUUUAAUAGAUAGAAUUUCGCUUGAACUUGGAGCUCAAGAACCUUGGCCUAAAGAUGUUAAACUAUUCCAACCCUACGAAGUCGAACAAAUCUUAUUACCUGAUAAUGCGAAUUGUUUAGCGAUACAGGCAUAUCUAAAAAUGUGCCAAUUGGAUUAUAAUGUUGAACCUAGACCAAACGCCGAAGCGAUGUCUCCUACAUUAAAAGUGCCUUUUAUAAAAGCAGGAAGAUUCGUUAUAUCCGAAGUGGAAGGCAUUGUUCAAUUUAUCAACGGAAAAGGUAUAACCCUAACGGAAAAUUUAGAUAGUGAAGAAAAGUCCAAUAUGAGAGCUUACAUGUCUCUUAUACACAACGUCCUUGAAAUGGCAGAGUUGUAUAUAUGUUGGGUAGAUAACGAAACUUAUAACGAGGUAACUAGUGUUAGAAACGGUUCUGUAUAUCCAUGGCCGUUAAAUCAUAUUCAAAAUAGAAAAAAAAGAUCACAGGUUGUAAAGAAACUUAAUACUCUUGGUUGGUAUAAUAAAAAAUUGGAAGAAGUAUAUUCUGAGGUUGAAACUUGUUGUGAAUCUUUACAGACUCGUUUAGACGGAAAACCCUUCUUCUUUCAAUAUGGACCUACUGAAUUAGAUGCUUUAGUAUUCGGACAUCUAUUCACCAUUCUCACAACUCCUCUACCGAGGAGUGAUUUAGCUAAUAUCAUCAGAAAUUAUCCUUCUCUUAUUGAUUUAGUUAAACGUAUUGAAAAGGAUUAUUUUAAAAAAGAAAUAAAGUCUUAAAAUGUAAUAUCAUCAUUCAGGAUCAUUUAUUAAAUAUUUUUUGUUGUUUAAA